UUCAUAAUAAUUAUUUAAUAUUUAUAUUAAUCAUAAUUCAUUCCAAUUGUGAGUAGUACUUAUUUAAAGAAGAUUCAAAGAAAAUUGAGUAAAUUUAUCUUUUGAACAAAAUGCAUCUCUACAGAAAAUAUUAUAACAGUUAAAAAUAACAACUGUAUUAAUUCGAACAUUAAGGCCAAAGCCCAAAUGGGACAAAAAUCCAGUCAGUUUUCAGCUGAAGAAUUAAAUGACUAUCAGGAUCUCACAUACUUCACAAAAAAAGAAGUUUUGAUUGCACAUGAAAAGUUCAAAUCGUUGGCUCCUGAAAAAGUCGGUCAUAACAAAAAUGCCAAAUUGGCACUUAAUAAAGUCCUAAAACUCCCUGAAUUAGCUGCCAAUCCUUUUGGUGAGCGUAUAUGUCAAGUUUUUAGUUCUAGUCAAGAUGGUGAUUGUACAUUUGAAGAUUUUCUGGAUAUGAUGUCUGUAUUUAGUCCUAUGGCUCCAACAGAUGUAAAAGCUGAACAUGUCUUUAGAAUUUUUGAUUUUGAUAGUGAUGACAUGUUGGGCAUUGAAGAUAUAAAAAAAGUAAUACGAUGUUUGAUUGGUGAAGACACCUAUUUUAGUGACAACGAUCUCAAACGCUUGGUACAACAAAUAUUUGAAGAAGUUGACUUUGAUGAUGAUGGUGCUUUAUCAUUUUCUGAGUUUGAACAUGUUAUAGAUAUGUGUCCUGAUUUUGUCAAAAUGUUUAGUAUUAACUUGUAAAGAAAAGAGAACUCGAAGCUCUCAAAUAUGACAUGAAUGUGAAUGAUGGAGAAAAAUAUAUAUUUUUUCGCAUAAAUAUAAUUUAUCUAUUAGUCUUUGUAAAAAUAUAUAUUUGGUUAACUGAA